AUGAUUGACGAUACCUUUAUGUUGAUGAAUUACAUUGGAAAGGGAGGAAGCUCCAAGGUCUUCUUAGUCAAGGAUUGACGAGGCCAGAAGGUCGUACUCAAGGUGAUCAGGAAAGAUAAGAGAUAUAUGCGUGAAGACGCAGAGAGAAUGCUCUUUAAGGAACACUCAGUUCUUCAGAAGCUACAGUCUCAUCCAAAUAUAAUUAACUCUUAUGGAGUUAAAGUUGAUGGAAUUGCAAUAAUGGAAGAGGAAAAAGAAGACAUUAUGUACGGCAUACUUGAGCAUGCAAAGCAUGGUUCAAUCGCCAACUUCAUUAGGUAUACUGGGGGCAUUGAAGAAGACAUUGCUAAGUUCUUCAUGCUUCAAACUUGCAAUGCAAUUGAGUUUAUUCACCAGCAAGGAUAUGCUCAUCUAGACAUUAAGCUGGAGAAUAUCUUACUCGAUGAGUUCUUUAACAUAAAGGUCGCAGAUAUGGGCGCAUCUAUUAAUGUUCAAGAAACUCUUGGGUGGACAGAUAAAAGGAGAGGGACGAAAUACUAUAUGGCCCCUGAAGUAGCUUCUAAGUCACCAAAAGCUAGCUAUGAUGCAUUUAAAGCUGACAUUUUUUCAUUAGGAAUCUCUUUGUUUGUGUUAUUGAUAGGUGAGUUCCCAAACCUUGGGAAAUUAAGAGACUUCUCAUCUACAGAAGGAAGUGAAGAAAGCUCGAGUUUGCUACAAAGACAGGACCACAAUCUAGGGACUCUGAAAAGAUUUAAGAACCUUAGUCCAGAUCUUCAAACCUUGAUUAAAUCAAUGACAGAUGCUAAUCCUGAGAAUAGGCCAACAAUAUCUGAAAUCCUCGAAAAUUCAUGGCUCUGAGAAGUAUUUUCAGAAAAAUUUCGAGAAGAAGUUCAUUCAGAAAUGAAUGCGAGGAAAGAAUUCAUGCUAGACUCCUCAUUUUAAUUACAAUCAGAUGGGCAAUGUGCUCCAUCUGGGUCUAACCUUAACUAAAUUCAUAUAUCAUAACAAUGUUUUAAAUAAAAAGAUGUUAACCUUUACGAUUUUAUGGCUAGUUUAAAGUUGCGGAUUUUCUUGAGUCGGCAGGAAAUGAUCAACUAGAGGCUCCUCUCUAACUUAAAAUAGAAGCUUCCUUCAUUCCUUGGGUUUUCAGAUGAGUAGAAAAUGGUAGAUUAUUUUGUUUCAUAUAAAUUCAAAUUUAAAUAUUUUCUUGAAAUCCGAAAGUAGAGUUUGGUUGCAUAUUAUUAAGUAAUACAUUUGAAGAGACUUUAUAAGCAAUUCACAUAAUCUCCAGAAGUAGACCAUACUGAUAUGGUAAUUCAUCUUUCAAAGACUCUUGGCCAAGUUUACAUUCAUAGUACUCUUAAAAAUUCCCCCAGAUUUCCUUCCCUGAGUGAACCUCAUGCCUACCAAUUCUCAUCCAAAAUCUCCCAAAACUCCCUUCAAACCUAAUUUUAUCUUAAAAAUCUAUUUUUUCCACCUGGCAGUCAGUUUUUGUCCCAAUUCUGGCAGUAAUUUCUGUGAGUUAUUAACCUCAGCAGAUGGAUCUUAUAUAGGUGAUAAAGGAUUUAGAAAUUUUUGGAAGGUGUUAAGUAAGAGAAGGUGGAAGGAAGUGGAAGAUCUGAGGGUUUGAGGAGAUUUAGGAGGGUUUUGAGGAGUUUUGAGGGGGUUUAGGGAAAGAUGGGGGGUUUUGGGUGAAAUUUAAAUUUUUUUGUGG